CUCGCCCAUCGCAAAUUCCAAGAUUCCAGGAUACUGGAUGUGGUAUGUAUGCAUGAUUUCAUCCCCCUCAAACCCUAGUCGUAUUCAAUAUGGCAUGCAAUACAGGUUGAAAUCAGGUAGGUGGGGUUUAGGGUUCACGCAACAGCUUAUUAACCUCCCCCCCCCGCCUCCUACUCGUAUUAUUCAUUGCUGCGUGGCAUUGCUCCUGUCGCGAGCAGAGUGGAGUUCACUGAUCCUGAUCGUGCUGUCUGGACUGAUGCUUCCUUUUUAAUAGUGAAGGGUGGAGGGGUGGGGUGGAGAGGAACUGAGCGCGGGGAUGCACAGACCAAAGGUCACACACACUUAUCAAUACUCAAUGUCUCCCUCCGUAAGCAGGUCCUGUAGAAUAGAUGCAGAGAUCGAAACUCAAGACAGAACGUCAAGUUAUACGGGAACUUGGGGAAUGAAGUACUGUACUGUGCU